CAAUUAAUUGGUUCCUAUGUGCCGCAUACAACGGAAAUACCGACUCACAAGCGGAACUAGCACAAAUGUAUUUAUAUGGCAGUGGGACUGAGGUCAAUCGACACGAAGCGUUUCGAUGGUACGAGAAAUCCGCAGUUUGUGGAAACACGCAAGGACAAAUGUGUUUGGCGGACUGUUAUUUGCAUGGAACCGGAACGGAACGUGAUUUAGGUGCGGCAUUUGCAUGGUGUAAAGCUGCUAGUGAUGCUGGGAAUGUUUCUGGAAAGAGCAGUGUUGGUAUGUUGUAUGCCAAGGGCGAGGGUGUUGAGCAGGAUUAUCGAAAGGCGUUUUAUUAUUUUCAGCAAGCUGCGAAUAUGGCUGAGGAACGUCAAAUGAGUAAUGCGAUGAUUCCAUUCGAUGUAGCUAUGUGUUAUCAAUUGGGAAAAGGCAUAAUGCGUGAUAUUCAUACUUCAUUAUUAUGGCAUAGAAAAGCGCACAAAAGAAGAAAUAUGUAUUCGCCGCGACAGUUGGAUAGGCUUUUCAAGGUGUUGAACGAUUAA